AUGAUACGAGUACAAAAACAAGAAACCCAUCACCACUCAACCACAACAAAUAUUUCCCAAAUACCAAUCCCUAUACGGACACAGAAUCGAUCGGAACUUGUCAAGCCCAGAUUAGAAUGCACCCAAUUCGGAUCGACCAACCCGAAUAACUCACUCACUCCUAAAGGUUCCUUCCUCCAAAUCCGGCGUCGCACAUCACCGUCCGUUCGUUCGUCCCCACGUGCCGUGACACCUGUGGAUCGUUGAACCCAACUGAAACGCGGGAGCGGAGUGGAGCGGAUUGGAGGGGGGGCGAAUGCCCCACAAUAAAACGGGGUUACGCAGUACGGCACAUAUCAUACAUGCGCACGAAGCAAGUACGAGUACACUAUGAUACAUACAUACAAAGCGGAACUGCCGACAAAAAAAAAGUCGGGAAUACAAACUAUCAUAACAAGCCAACGGAAAUAUGAUUGUUGUACAGUUAAUUGUUAACAUGCAGGUAGGCAGGCAGGGCAAACGGGACGGAAGGAGGGAAGGAAGGACGGAAAGCCCCCAACUUUAUUAUGAUAUUGUAUGUGUCCGAUCCCGAUGAAUAGAUAGAUCGAUGCAGGGUGAUGGGUGGUGAACCUAUGAGUGAGUUAAAGCGAGUGAGUGAUUAAUCGAGAGCGAAAUGCAACGGGUUCCGCGUGUCGUUGGGGAUUGAUAGGGUGAUUGGUUACCGUAUCAUAGCGGUGCGAUAUUUUUAUAUUUUUAUAUUUUAUUUUUAUAUUUCCGGCGGUUUGAAAAUGGGGAAUAAAUAAAUACGGUGAUUGGAUUCUGUUAGAGAAUGUUGGUGGAAUUGGAUUGGGUCAUGACCUGUCAAUCGUUUUUGGCAUCCGACUUUUUUUUCUUUCUUUCUUUUUAGUUGUGCGAAUAUCAUACUGAUC